AUGCGGCUACUACAACGAGAUAACGCCAACAACUACACCCUCACGGAUGAUCUGCGCGCUGACGACGUUCCGCCCUACGCAAUUCUUUCCCACACCUGGGGCACCGACGAAGUCAUCUACAACGAUGUUAAAACGAGUUCCAAUGACUGGCGACAGAAAGCUGGCUACGAUAAGAUCGAAUUUUGCGCGGAUCAGGCCAGGCGACAUGGCCUGCAGCAUUUCUGGGUAGACACCUGUUGUAUCGACAAAUCUGACGCCAUCGAACUCCAGACUGCAAUCAACAGCAUGUUCAGGUGGUACCGUGGCGCGAAACGAUGCUAUGUUUUUCUGUCCGACGUCUCCUGUCCUUCGAUCACCAAUCAGCAGGCGGGUAUCGGGUCGUGGGAGACUGCGUUCCGACGUAAUCGGUGGUUCACGCGAGGCUGGACACUACAAGAGCUGAUUGCCCCGCAGAUUGUCGAGUUCUACUCAAUGGAAGGUGUCUUCUUGGGCGACAAGAGGUCGCUAGAGGCUGUCAUACGCGACGUAACAGGUAUCCCUGCAGAGGCUCUACGGGGAACACCAUUAUCUGAUUUUACGACCUCCGAACGCGAGGCGUGGGCACGCAACCGGGAAACGAAGUAUGAGGAAGACAUGGCAUACUCGCUGCUUGGGAUAUUUGGCGUUCACAUGCCACUCAUUUAUGGCGAGGGUCGCGAACAAGCACAGAGAAGAUUGCGAGAAGAGGUCCAGAGAUCUGUAAAAGGCACUCAUCAUGACAGAUUCUCGAUCAGCUUCAGCCUUUUGGACGUCCCCGAGACUCCACAUUUUGUAGCAAGAGAUGUAGAAGUAGCCGAGAUGCGGAGAAUGCUGUGCUCGGAUGGGAGCCGUCGCAUUGUCGUACUCCAUGGUCUCGGCGGCAUCGGCAAGACACAGCUCGCUGCGACAUAUAUCAACCGAUAUCGGGACGAGUACUCGGCCAUCUUCUGGCUCAAUGUCAAGGAUGAAGCGUCCAUUCAGCAGAGCUUUGCCAGAGUCGCAACGCAGAUCCUCGAACAGAAUGCCGACACCGGCAGCCUCAAGGGGCUGAACCUACAGCACGACCAGAACAAGAUUGUCCAGGCCGUGAAGGCGUGGCUCAGCUUGCCAGGCAACACCAGAUGGCUCAUUGUGUACGAUAACUACGACGACCCAAAGCUUCCAGGGCGGAAAUCCGAUGCAGCGGUUCACAUACACCAGUUCCUGCCGAUGGCAUAUCAGGGCUCCAUAGUAAUCACAACACGGCUGUCGCAAAUCGACAUAGGUCAUCACAUUCGAGUUGACAAACUCAAAUCCGAACACGAGAGUCUGCAAGUACUAUCAAAGGCAUCUGGCCGGAAUGGCUUACAAGAUGAUAGUGACGCAAAAGACCUUGUGCGAGAAUUGGACGGGCUUCCCCUCGCUCUAGCUACGGCCGGAGCAUAUCUGAAGCGCGUCCCGAUCAGCACACGCGACUACCUCCGCCACUACCAAGAAUCUUGGACCAGAAUUACCGGCAAUCUGUAUCUCGGAUCCUAUGCAGAUCGUACCUUGAGUUCAACAUGGCAGCUGUCGUAUAAGCAUGUUCAGACACAAAACCCGCUUGCGGCUCAUCUGCUCCAGUGGUGGGCCUACUUCAACAACGAAGACAUAUGGUUCGGUCUUUUCCGGGCUAGAAGCGGAAUGGGCCACGUGUGGAUGAAACAGCUUUCAGAAGAGCUCAACUUCAACGAUGCGAUGGGCGUACUCCAUGACUACGGCCUUGUCGAACCUACAUCUUUGUUCCAGGGGAUACAAGGGUAUAUCGAGAGCGUGGCGUUGCAGGUUCCAUCAGACGUGGAAGCUGAAUAUUGGCUGCUUCAGAAGCGACUAAUACCACAUGCGAUCCGGUCUUGUUCAACAGUACAGGAGAGCGAUGUUCCCUCGGAUUGGGCUUUUCAUUCUCUAGGUGAUCUCUACUCUGCUCAGGGGAAGCUGGACGAAGCCGAGAAGAUGUACUUGCGGGCGCUCGGUGGAUACGAGAAGGCACUAGGACCGGAUCACACAUCAACACUUGCCACAGUUAACAACCUUGGGACCCUUUACAAGAAUCAGGGGAAGCUGGGUGAGGCCGAGAAGAUGUACUUGCGGGCGCUGGAUGGAUGCGAGAAGGCACUAGGACCGGAUCACACGUCAACACUCGACACAGUUAACAACCUUGGCAGCCUUUACAGGGACCAGGGGAAGCUCGGCGAGGCGGAGAAGAUGUACUUGCGGGCACUCCAUGGGAAAGAGAAGGCACUGGGACCGGAUCACACAUCAACACUUGACACAGUCAACAACAUUGGCAGCCUUUACUUACGUCAGGGGAAGCUGGGCGAGGCGGAGAAGAUGUACUUGCGGGCGCUGGAUGGGAAAGAGAAAGCACUGGGACCGGAUCACACAUCAACACUUGACACAGUUAACAACCUUGGAAUCCUUUACAAGAAUCAGGGGAAGCUGGACCAGGCCGAGAAGAUGUACUUGCGGGCGCUAGAUGGGAAAGAGAAAGCACUGGGACCGGAUCACACAUCAACACUUGCUACAGUCAACAACCUUGGGAACCUUUACUCUAAUCAGGGGAAGCUGGGCGAGGCGGAGAAGAUGUACUUGCGGGCGCUAGAUGGACGCGAGAAGGCACUAGGACCGGAUCACACAUCAACACUUGACACAGUCAACAACCUUGGAAUCCUUUACACUAAUCAGGGGAAGCUGGGCGAGGCCGAGAAGAUGUACUUGCGGGCGCUAGAUGGGCGCGAGAAGGCACUAGGACCGGAUCACACAUCAACACUUGCCACAGUUAACAACCUUGGGACCCUUUACAAGAAUCAGGGGAAGCUGGGUGCGGCCGAGAAGAUGGCAAUGUUCGUCAAGCGCGGCAAUAUUAUCAACGUGCUUACGAUGGUCUUGACCAGCUCCUCGGGCCAUUGCACCUAUCCGUCCAGUCAGCGCGACACACCCUCGAGCUCACGAAUACCGCCUGUGAAGCUGGGACAUGUUCGAGCGAUGACCAAUAUUUGGGUGAUUCAACACAACCCAGGUGUCAAAUAA